AUGGAAGAUGCAUUGAUAACAUUGAAUAUUGGAGGAACAGUUUUCAAAACGUACAGGUCAAAGUUACUUAAAUAUCCCAACUCUAAACUAGGAAGUUUAACAACAACGUCAGAACACUAUUUACCAAGCAUGUUGGAUUAUUAUAGAUACGAUAGACAACGAUUGCACAUACCGAACUACACGUGUGGAACAGUUCUUUUACAAGAAUUUGACUUUUGGGGUUUACCCUUAGUAAAUAUUGCUGACUGUUGUUUCCAUAUAUACACCAAGCACGAAGACGAGGUAGAUAUACAGCAGAAUUUGUUUACACGUAAUUCUGAUACACACAUAGGCAGUAACCUUACAAACUCAUUCAGAAAACAGCUAUGGUUAGUUUUGGACCAACCGAAUUCCUCACGAACUGCACAGAUAUAUUUUGCAGUCUUCAUGAUGAUGGUUGUUUUAUCUGUAUUGAUGUCCUGCAUGAUAACAGAUACACAAUUCCGGGUAGAUAGGUCUAAUCCAUCACCACCUACUUCAACUAAUAACCGAAACCAAUUUAUACGGAAUAACUCUACAACGGGCAAUAUUGCAAGGAAUGUUUCUGUCACUCAACCUGUGGAGGAAGGGGGGUUAAACUGGAAGAUGAAGCUCUUCAUAGACACCACACCAUUAAAUUACAUCAUCUACAUUGAUUAUGUCACUACAGGCUUCUUUUUAUUAGAAUUAUUUCUCCAUUUCCUUGUUUGCCCACAGAAGAAACGGUUUUUGAAUGACAACAACAAUAAAAUGGACGUGUUGUUAUUUUUUGUAACACUAUUGUAUUGGUGCGUUACUUCAAUAGCGACGAUUGAUAAUAUGAAAAACCAACAGUACAGAAAUCUAUAUGUGUUCGCAAAUGUAACAAUGAUGUUACAAAUCCUACGUAUGUUUAGAUUAACUAAGCUGUAUACGGAACUUCGAAUAUUAUUAAUCACACUCCAAAAAAGUAUCAAAGAGCUAAUUUUAUUGUUCGUUGCGUUUGCAAUAUUUGCAGUUUUAUUCGGGAACUUGAUUUACUACAGUGAAAUCUCAGAAAGCGAAACCUUUCCUGAUAGUUUUAUAGGAAUAUGGUGGUCAAUUAUCACCAUGACGACUGUUGGGUAUGGAGAUUAUGUUCCAAAAUCUUCUAUUGGUUAUUUCGCUGGAGUUAUAACCGCAACUUCCGGUGUACUCAUCAUUACAAUGCCGAUUGCCAUUAUCGCGGGAAAGUUUGACGGAUAUUAUACUGCAUAUAACACGAACAAAACAAAAACAAAGAUGCGAGAACUCCAAAAGCAAGAGCAUCAUAAUUCAGUGGCACCCCUGUAUAACACAACAACCAUAAACAAACACUGAGUGAGGCAGACAAAAACACAUUUCGACAGGAUGUG